AUGACAGAUAUUCGAGCUAUAAAAGUAAUCCAGAGAUGGAAGACCCAAGGAAAUAGAACAAGAGAAAGACCCCGUAAUAGAUGGAUAGAAGUCGUAGAGGGAGAUCUUAAAACGAUGAACAUCAGGCAUUGGCAAAGGAAAUUAACAUUGAUUUUCGCUUGCUAUUUCCUGGAAAAUUUGCUAUAUAGUAAAUGGGCGGAUUUUAAGAAGAAGAAAAAAUCAUUUCAUAGAACAAAUAUAAAUGAUAUAUCCUGCAAAUUAUUAUUUUCAUCUUUAAGUGACAAAUCUGAAACAAAUGUUGAAGAUUAUAUCUUGGCCACAUUAUUAAACUCGAUUAUUCUACCAACUAGUCGGUUUCCAGUAGAAGUUUAGUUUCCAGUAAAUAGUUUUUGU